ACCUCGCUGCUUAUAUUAACAGCGUACAGGGCACACUGAUCUACAGAAAUAAACAUCAUAGCUAACGCACUCGUUUGUUUGAACAAGGUCAUAAUUUAGUCUUAAGGUUUCGACAAACGUGCAGAGGUGUUAUUUAAAGCUUUAAGAUGCCGACAUUAGCUUACUGGAAAAUUCGCGGGCUUGCUCAGCCAAUCAGAUUACUCCUAACAUACGCGGGGGAGGAGUUUGAAGACGUGCAGUAUGAACAAGGGGAUGCUCCGGAACUCAGUCGAGCAGCUUGGACGGACGUCAAACCAUCUUUCAAUGACAUUCUUGACUUUCCUAAUUUGCCGUACUACAUCGACGGAGAUGUGAAAAUCACCCAAAGCAAUGCCAUUCUGAAGCACGUGGCCAGGAAGCAUAAACUAGACGGCGCAAAUGAUACGGAGAAAGCGUAUGUUGAUUUCAUGCUGGACCAGGCAAUGGACCUGAGGAAUGGCGUUGUUCGGCUCUGUUACAAUAAAGACUACGAGAGCUUGAAAGAGGACUACUUCAAGAACGUCCAGCCAAUGUUGGCGCUAUUUGAAAAGAAGCUUGGGAACAACGACUGGUUCGUCGGGAAUAAGCCGACUGUAGCAGAUUUCCCUAUGUACGAGUUACUGGACCAGCAUCUGAGAAUGAAGGCCGACAGCCUUGACGCUUGCCCGAAACUUAAGGCUUUCCUGCAGAGGUUUUCUCAGCUGCCAAAAGUCAAAGAAUACCUGGCGCAGGAUAAAGUGAAAAAUAUGCCCAUCAACAACAAAUCUGCCGCGUUCAAAUGAUCAACAUGUUUCUUGGAUACGACAUUAAGUUAACGUUAUCUUAGCGUUUAAAACCCGGAUAAUUUAAAUGCUACCAGCCAUAGAAUAGAUAGUUGGCAAAACGUUAUUAGUUUGGUUGAUUUAGGUUUACAGUUCUAGUUUUCUUUAGUUAGAUUUUGUAGUCAACAUGCCGUCAGAAAUAUUCUAUACAUACAUGCAGAGUUAUAAAAAAAUAUAAUUUGUAUUCAUUCAAGUAUUACUUAUAUAUAUAUAUAUAUAUAUAAGUAUUAUCAUUUUCAACGAAUCCAAUGGUUGUAAGGUUAUUGUUUGUUAUAACUUGAGUGAGUACAGUUCUAAAAUAAACUGUAAACUGAUA